AGCACUAUGGGCAAGCUACGCUGAGCUAUCGUCCUGCCCUCGGCCCGUACCCGGGCUUUGCGGCCGCCCGAGUGGGCCGAGUCCUGAUUUCUGUCCUCCACAGCGGCCAACUUCGCUGCCUUUCUGACUCCUCCCGCGUUGGGGGGUCGCAUAGGGCGGGACAUGAGUGACCGGAAGUGGGAGCCAUGAGCAUCUCCUGAAGCGCAGAUGCUGGAGGCGUUGGCUGGACCACCGCCUCGCACGCAUGGAGAGCGCUGGGCGUCGAGCUGCGUACCGACAGCUAACCUGGGCACACGGGCUCUGUGGGGCGGGAUCUUUGCAGAACCCACCGCUCUCUGGGGGCAUGGGAACAUGACUCUAGAUCAGGAGCCCGCUGCGGAGAAGUCGCACGGGGCCCGGGCCUGCCCUACUGGCCGGUGAAUCUCCGGAGCCCCGAGACUUGGCAACUGGCGCGAGCGGACGAGUGCGCACGCGCGGGGCCGCCGUUGACACGUGGCAGGGAGCAAGGGCGUCUCUGCGCGCGCGAAGCCCAUACUACAGGACCACGGCCCAAGUGACCCUCCUCCUCUCCUCCGACUGGUGUCAGUGGCAGCAUGGUCUUCUGUUUGGAAAACGAGAUGCCACACCGCCUGCUGGGAAGCACCAUGGGCCACUUCCAUGCCUCAGAAGUCCAGCAGCUGCUACACAACAAUCCAAAGAGCUGUGUAUAAGGACCUGGUGCUUCUGCUCCAGAAAGACACACUGCUCACAGCUUCCCAGUUAAAAGCCAAGGGGGAGCUGAGCUUUGAACAGGAUCAGCUGGUGGCUGGGGGCCAGCUGGACGAGCUGCACAACGGGACCCAGUACCGAGAGGUCCGCCAGUUCUGCUCUGGUUCUGGCCACCACCUUGUGCGUUUCUACUUCCUCACCCGUGUUUACUCCGAGUACCUCGAGGACGUCCUGGAGGAGCUGUCAUAUGGACCUGCCCCUGACCUAGUGAUCAUCAACUCCUGCCUCUGGGAUCUCUCCAGAUAUGGCCGCUGCUCAAUGGAGAGCUACAGGGAGAACUUGGAACGAGUGUUUGUACGAAUGGACCAGGUUUUGCCAGACUCUUGUCUGCUGGUGUGGAACUUGGCAAUGCCUCUGGGGGAACGUGUCACUGGGGGUUUCCUCCUUCCAGAGCUCCAGCCUCUGGCAGUCUCUCUGCGACAGGAUGUGGUUGAGGGGAACUUCUACAGUGCUACACUAGCCGGGAACCACUGUUUUGACGUCCUAGAUCUCCACUUCCAUUUCCGGCAUGCUGUACAUCACCGUCAUCGAGAUGGUGUUCACUGGGACCAACAUGCACACCGCCACCUCUCACACUUACUUCUGACCCACGUGGCUGAUGCCUGGGGUGUGGAGCUACCCAAACAUGACCGGCUCCCAGACCCAUGGAUUGAGGACUGGCCAGAGAUGGAUCAUUCAUUCCGGGGAAGCCAUAAGCAGCCCCCAGACUUCAGGGAGAAGCUGGCCUUGCCCCUGCUCCCUCCUUUCCAUUUGCCUCCCCCUGUGUCUUUUCCUCACCCACUUCAGCCCUCACCACCUCCCUUGUUCCCACCCCUGCCCCAGGAUACCCCCUUUUUCCAAGGCCAGCCCUUUCCACCCCAUGAGUUCAAAUACAAUGCAAUGGAGGACUUCUCAAUGCCAGGAUGUGGCCCUGGAAUGAACUUUGUGCCUGGCCCCCUGCCACGAUCAGUCUCUGGCCCUGUCUCCCAUGGUCAACACCGGGGCCCAGUGGUCCACCGGGGCAAGCCACGUUGUGUUCUGAAUAACCCCUACCAUGUGCCAAGGAUCAGGGGCCCACACAGGCAUCGACUCAGACACUCAGACAGACUGAUCCACACAUAUAAGCAAGACAGACGGGGACAUGCCCAUUCGGGAACAUGGCCUGGGUAGGCAGGAUCUUAGGUUGGGGCUAGAGAUGCCGAUAACCCUGGAGGGUCUGCCUGAUGACCUAGUUGUUGGGCUGGGGUGUUCUUGUCCAUGGCUGAUAUCAAUAAAAGCAUGGAAGGACA